AUGGCGACGGCAGCACCUCAAAUCGAGUUCUCUUUCCAUGACGGAUCUGCAGUUCUGGUAAACAGGAACAGCUUUCUGGAUGUGGAAAUCGUUUCUCGUGGGAACCGUCGCUCCCAGAGCACUCCUCCGCACGCGAGGUACGAGCAUGUUGUGGAGGCCGAGAUUAACCAAUCCAAGCCAUUCGCCCGCAUGCUGAGUGGGAGCACCGUGAGUACUGACUAUCGCGACUGCGAGAGCCCGGUGGACUCGGAGUUCGAGCGCCAAACGACCCGGGACUCGCCAUGCUCCGCGAACUCUGACCGGGACGACCUAGACUUGGAGGACCUCCACACGGUCAUGAUCAAGAACAUCCCAUGCCGCUGCAGCGCAGAGGAGGUCUUGCGGGCUGUGGAUUCCUUGGGUUUUGCUGGGACCUAUGACUUCUUCUACCUCCCAAUGAACCGGCGACACAAGCAGGGGAUUGGCUACGGCUUCAUCAACUUCAUUGAGCUCGGGACCGCGGUGCGUUUUAAGGAGGCCAUUUGGGGCUACCGUUUCCCAGGGCGAAGGAGCACCAAGCAGGUCGAGAUUGCCGUUGCUCAGCUGCAGGGCCGUGCAGAGGUGGAAGCUUAUUUCAGCUGCACGCAGGUGGUGCACACGCGCUACCGCCCACUCAUGUGA